CCAUUUCCCCAUUUUGGAGGAAGUACGCUGUACACGCAUCCUUCGCGUAUUUCCCCAGCCUCCCACAAAGUGCAGAGCAAACACUGACACCGAAGCUACCGGCGCGGCGACGACCAUGGGGAUGCACCGUCCAGCGGUGCUCUCGCUCCUCCUCCUCCUACUCAUCACCCUCGCCCUGCUCUCGCCGGCCGCCCGCGCCUCGGAGUCGCCGCAGUACACGACGGUGCACGCGGAGUCGGACUUCGAGGUGCGGCUCUACGACGACACCGUCUGGAUGUCCGCCCCCUCCGACCACACCUCCUUCCACGUCGCCACCAAGCUCGGCUUCCAUAGGUUGUUCCAGUACCUGAUGGGCGCAAACCUCAACUCCUCUAGGAUCAGAAUGACAACGCCUAUCCUAACAAGCAUCGUCGUCCCAGGCGAAGGGGCUCUGCAAUCUUCAACAUAUUUUGUCCGUCUGUACCUACCUACACAGUUCCAAGCUUCCCCUCCUGUCCCUCUGCCUGAACUGAACCUCCGUCCAGAUAUGUGGCCAGGCCACUGCAUCGCCGUCAGGAGCUUCUCAGGUUACGCCAGGGACAAAAAUGUUGUCGAUGAAGCUGACAAACUCGCCAUGAGCUUGAGCCGGUCACCGUGGGGCAACUCCACAAACUAUCCUAGCAAGAACGCCUACUCGAUUGCACAGUACAACAGCCCCUUCCGCAUCAUCGGCCGUGUCAACGAGGUGUGGUUCGACGUCGACUGCAAAUCUACAUCUACUGGGGUCGAGGCAUACUGAAAUGCUCUAAUGCAGUAUGCCAUCACCAAAGAACCGACUUGCAUCACUAUCCUCUUGUAUAUAUAUGUUGUCUUGGUUAUUGUAUGCUUGUGAUGGCUCUGUCAUGUCCAUCCAGCACAGCAGUGACGAAGUAACACAAUGGAUUUCAUGUCUACUCCAUGUCGCUUGGAAUAAUCUUGUGUUCGAAAUGUUUACACUCGGCCAUUCCAGUCAA